CUUUCGACUGAAAGAGCGAGGCGCGUAAGCAGUACCGGUCCACAUUUGCAGUUCAUGGCGUGUUUAUAGCCAAAAAAGUUCCCAUUGUUGUCUUUUCUGUGUCGAUGAUAUUGUUCCCAUAUGGAGGAGGUAGACGUUGAGCCCACUAUUACUAAUAUCCCUGCAAUCAGUGAUGGAAAGCACAUGGGAUUUGCAUGGGGUCCUGGUGAUAUUCUUGUAUAUGAGACACGAUACAAAGCAUCAGGUGCUUCAGGAUCAGGUUGCUCAUUCAUCCAUGAGAUCAGGAAAGAUGAGGACAUAUAUUCCCCCAUUUUACGCAAGCUUUUUAACGAGUCUCACCACAUCUUCGUUGGCCUGCAGACAAUUAGAGAGGACCUCCCUAGCAAGAGUAAAAAACCCCAAUUUGUUAGUAUCAGCAAAAAUUAUCGAUCCGUGAUCCGUGCUUGUAUGGAGGAACUUCAGCAAGUUGCAGUUUCUACCAGAAAUGCAGAGUUGGGCACGCAGUGUGGAAAUCAGGUGUCCAUUCUUUUGGCCAUAGAACUGAUCUGGAAUCUGUGUGAAGUGCUGUUCAUCGAUGCUGCUCCAGCGGGCUCCCUGUUGCUCCACCUGCUGGACUGGGUAAGGUUACAUAAGGCUGACGUGGACGAGAGGGCCAGUGAGGUGCUCCAAAGUGAGAGCCCUGCCGAGCACCGCGACUAUUGGAACGUGGUGGUGAGUUAUGUGCUGCAGGGCAGGUUGGAAGAAGUCAGACAGAUGCUGGUGAAACAGGCCAACCUACAGCCUGCUGCCAGGAGCAUGUACAAGCAGAUGGAUACUUUGCUCAGCAAGAUGCCCUUCUACAAUCCUGGUGGCACUCAGACGCUCACAGAGUUUGAUGUAAAGUGGAGGCACUGGCACGAGGAGGUGGACCGCUGCCUGCAGGACAACUCGUUCGCCAGCAACCGACAUCUGGAGCUCAUCUGCAAGAUCCUUCUGGGAGAUGAAGACACUUUGCUGGAUCACAAGGAGCUGCUGGGUACCUGGUAUCACUUUCUGGUCACUAGACUUCUCUUCUGCCACCCCACAGUGAAACCCACAGAGUUGCAUUAUUAUGCUCAGUCGUGCAUGACGAUGUUUCUGGACUCGAGGAGCGUCCCAGAGCCCCUGGACAACAUCUUACUUGCUGCCUUUGAGUUUGACAUCCAUCAAGUCAUCAAGGAGUGCAGCAUUGCUCUCAACAACUGGUGGUUCGUGGCCCAUUUGACAGAUUUGUUGGAUCAUUGCAAACUCCUGCAGUCUCAUAAUCUCCACUUUGGCUCCAACUUGAGAGAGUUUCUCCUUCUAGAAUAUGCUUCUGGUCUCUUCACUCAUCACAGCCUUUGGCAGUUGGCUGUGGAUUACUUUGAUCACUGUCCAGAGUUUGGUCGUGUCUACCUGGAGCUUCAGAUAGAGCGCGUCCCUUUAGAGACGGAGCGUAAAGCUCUUAAGGUGCUGAGGAUUUGUGAGCAGAGGCAAAUGUCAGAACAAGUACGGAGUAUUUGUAAGAUCAUGGCUAUGCGGGCUCUGAGGAACAAUAGGCUGGGCUCUGCUCUCUCAUGGAGUAUAAGAGCCAAAGAUGCUGCAUUUGCCACCCUGAUUUCAGAGAGGUUCCUACAGGAUUACUGUGCCAAAGGGACCUUCUCUGAUCUGGACCUGAUUGAUAACUUGGGCCCGGCGAUGCUCCUUAGCGACAGGCUGACUUUUCUCGGAAAGUACCGCGAGUUCCACAAGCUGUACGGAGAGAAGCGUUUCAGGGAGGCGGCAAAGCUGCUCCUCUCUCUGAUGACUGCAAAGAUUGCUCCACAAAGCUUCUGGAUGACUCUGCUGACCGAUGCUCUGCCACUGCUGGAGCAGAAAGAGGUGAUCUUCACAGCAGAUCAAACCUAUGAGCUGAUGUUCUGUUUAGAGGAGCUCACCUCCUCCCUGAACAUCACUGCUUCCAGCACAGACAGGCCUAUGCAGGAGGAAGACGUAGAGGUGACCAAAGUGGAGCUCCUAAGACUCGCUCUGGCCAGGAAUCUGGCUCAAGCGAUAGUCAAAGAGGGAACGGUGGAAACAUAAAAGUGUGACUUUGCAUUUUUGUACUGUAUAUAUUAAAGAAUCAUUAAUCACAAUGUGCUCUUUGAUAAUAAAACACUUCAUGAUACUCA